GCACUAUUUGACGUGGCACUCAGAAUACAGGCAAGCGCAGGCGGGUGUGCUGAGAGGCAGCGGCGCACAUAGAAGCAGGUAGCGCAUCACCGCAGGCUUGCAGUGCUGCUGUGUGAAGAAUAACGAAAUAGGAUGAGCCAACAGGGCUAUGUCGCAACACCACCCUUCUCCCAGUCUCAGCCUGGAAUUGGAGGAUAUCACUCAGGUUUUGGACCAGCACCUUCUCAUCCGCUUUAUGGACACUAUGGAGAGACGUCACCAGCCUUCUCCUCACCCCCUCAAGGAACGCACAAGCAAAUAGCACCUGUGUGGCCUCCAGCGCCUCAUGGUCUUCCAGUUUCCACCCAAAAUCAAUUUGAUGCAAGUAGUCUUCCAAAUGGGUCCAGUUCACCUCCAGUUCACCAACCCAGGCCCUCAUAUACAGCAACAAGCAGUACAUCCUAUUUGCAUCCUCCUCAGCCCUCCUAUCAGAAUUCGGCGACUGCCACAGCAACACAGCAGCUGACUAACCAGAUGGGUGCCAUGCAUUUUGGUCCAGGUGCAUUUCAGAACUCGCACCUACCUCCAAAAGUUGUUGGACAAUCAGCUUUACCUCCCACAUCUGCACAACAAAUCAGAGGUCCAUCUAUGCCACCUAUACCUCAGAGCCCCCAAAUGAACCUUUCUUCUCCACCAAUUGGCUCAGGCAUGGGUGGCUUACCAUCCACUCCGACUGUGGGUCUCCAGCCAAGGUUUCCAGACCCAGGUUUACCCAAUUCUGGAUUUCCACCAUCUCCAGGGCAAGUUGGACCUCAUGGAUUUCCACAACAGACAGGUGCAUUUGGAGGGCAGAUGUCAGGACUUCAACCAAACUUUCCUGGAUCCUUACCAGGUGGAUUAGCCCAAAUGUCUGGUCCUCAACAGAAAAAACUUGAUCCCGAUUCUGUUCCAAGUGUUACUCAAGUCAUUGAAGAUGAUAAAAUGAAACGGGCUGGUCAAAUUUUUAUCACAAACUUACGGGGUCAAGUUCCCCCACUUGUGACCACUGAUUGUGCCAUACAGGAUCAAGGAAAUACAAGCCCUCGCUUUAUACGAUGCACAACCUACUGCUUUCCUUGCACAGCUGAUCUUGCUAAACAGUGUCAGGUUCCUCUGGCAGCAAUUAUCAAGCCAUUAGCUAAAGUUGCUCAAAACGAGAAUCCAUUAUAUGUGGUGGACCACGGAGAGAGUGGACCAAUCAGAUGCAACCGCUGCAAAGCUUACAUGUGUCCAUUCAUGCAGUUUAUCGAUGGUGGUCGCAGAUACCAAUGUGGAUUCUGUAACUGUGUAAAUGAAGUUCCAUCUUUCUAUUUCCAACAUCUGGAUCAUAUCGGCAGAAGGGUGGAUGUUUUGGAGAGGCCAGAGCUAUCCCUAGGAUCAUAUGAAUUUAUUGCAAAUUUGGACUACUGCAAGAACAAAACUCCUCCAAAACCUCCUGCAUUCAUCUUCAUGAUCGAUGUGUCAUACAAUAAUAUCAAAAGUGGCCUAGUGAAACUUGUAUGCAAUGAACUGAAACUUCUCUUAAACAAACUUCCCAGGGAAAACAAUGCAGAGAAGUCAGUGAUUAAAGUUGGAUUUGUCACCUACAAUAAGAUUCUUCAUUUCUACAAUGUAAAAAGCAAUCUGGCUCAGCCACAGAUGAUGGUGGUGCCUGAUGUAACAGAGAUGUUUGUGCCUCUUUUAGACGGCUUUCUAGUGGACUUCCAUGAAUCUCAGACGGUGAUUAUCAAUCUCCUGGACAACAUUCCAGACAUGUUUGCUGACACCGAUGAAGGUGAAACAGUUUUUGCACCUGUCGUCCAAGCUGGGCUGGAAGCACUAAAGGCAGCGGAAUGCAGUGGGAAACUGUUCAUAUUCCAGUCAUCAAUUCCUACAGCUGAGGCACCAGGGAAACUUAAAAACAGAGAUGACAGGAAACUUGUGAACACUGAGAAAGAGAAGAUACUUUUCCAACCUCAGAAGGGCAUUUACGAGAGCCUGGCCAAGGAGUGUGUUGCUAACAGCUGUUGUGUGGACUUGUUUCUUUUUCCAAACCAGUAUGCAGAUGUUGCCACAUUGGGUUCUGUACCAUUGUACACGGGAGGAAACAUCUAUAAGUACAGUAAUUUCCAGAUUAAUUCGGAUGGUGAUCAUUUCCUGAGUGAUCUGAGAAAAGACGUUACAAAGUCAAUUGGUUUUGAUGCAACCAUGCGAGUCAGGACAAAUACCGGUUUCAGAGCAACUGACUUUUUUGGUGCCAUUUAUAUGAAUAACACUACAGAUGUGGAGAUGGCGGCUAUAGACUGUGAUAAGACCGUAACGGUUGAGUUCAAACAUGAUGAUAAACUUAGUGAAGAUACUGGAGCCUUAUUUCAGUGUGCCUUGCUUUAUACAACAGUUGGUGGGCAGAGACGACUUCGCAUUCAUAAUUUAAGUCUCAACUGUAGUUCUCAACUUGCAGAUUUGUACAAGAGCUGUGAGACAGAUGCCCUCGUUAAUUUCUUUGCAAAGUCUGCUUACAAAGCCAUACUUACUCAGCCUAUAAAAACUGUAAGAGAAAUACUUGUAAAUCAGACUGCACACAUGCUGGCCUGUUACAAGAAGUGUUGUGCCACUCCCUCGGCAGUCACUCAGUUAAUUCUGCCAGACACUAUGAAAGUGUUACCAGUUUAUAUGAACUGCUUACUGAAAAGUUCAGCUCUAGUAGGAAACACAGAAAUUGCCACUGACGAGAGAGCUUAUCAGAGACAGCUGGUGUUAUCAAUGGAUGUUGCUGAAUCUCAAGCCUUUUUCUACCCAAGAAUCAUACCACUUCACAACAUGGAUGUCAACAGUGAUUUGCUACCUACUUCAGUCCGUUGCUCAGAAGAGCGCUUAACAAAUGGAGGAAUUUACCUUUUGGAAAAUGGACGAAACAUGUUCCUAUGGCUGGGGCUGGCUUCCCCACCAGAAAUCAUUCAGGGCGUCUUUAAUGUGCCUUCUUUUGCACAUAUCAAUUCAGAAGUGACAACCCUACCAGUUAUUGACAAUCCAUACUCAAGGAAGCUGAGGUCUAUCAUUGAUACGGUCAGUCACCAAAGGCCUUACUCAAUGAAGCUAACACUUGUGAAGCAAAAAGAGAAGGCAGAACUGAGUUUCCGACAGUUUCUUGUUGAAGACAAAGGCUUAUAUGGAGGAGCUUCUUAUAUGGAUUUUCUCUGCCACGUUUACAAAGAGAUCCGGCAGCUACUAACAUAAUUCUCAGAACACGAUUUCCAUGUAAUCAUUCUUUCAUUAUUGGAUGUUAUUCUUUUGGCCCUAUUUUGUAAAACAAGGCCAGUAUUUUAUUCCAGCAAAUCAAACGCAUUUGUUUACAAACAAUAUCUUUUUUUUUUUUUUAAUAAUUCAUCAAAGUCCAGGCCCUUUGUACAGUUAACCUAGAGUGACCUAAAUAUUAAUAAUCUUGGAUAUUGUUAUCUCAUGGUGACUCCAUUUGACCAACUAGAAAUGCUUAUAUGGCAUUGCUGCUUUUAAUACAGUGUAUUUUUGUUAUUGAUAACACUUAAUUAUUAUUUUGUUUAUUUUUUUGUUGUUUGAUUAUGGAGAAAACACUUGCUUUUUCUUUACAUGCUAUACAUAUAGUGCUACAAUUGUACACAAAAAUUGGGACUUUAUUUAGAAAUAUAUUUCAUUAGUUUAAUACUGUCAAUCUAUCCAUCUUCCAAACCAGCAGGGUCAUGGAGAAGCUGAAGUCUAUCCAGGCAAGCAUUGGGCACAAGGCAGGGACAAUUUCUGGACAGGUCGCCAGCCCAUCAUGGUACCAUUAAUUAAACACAGAAAUAUACUCUAACCUCCAUCUCUAAAUCUCAAUAUACACUGUGUUAUCCUUCUUUAUUUAUUUUAGGCCUAAAGAGAAAAUGCCAUAUAUGACAUGAUGGCUAUGCGAGUGCCACCCUGGUCUGUGUUGUCAUCAUCCUUCUUUGAUGUGGUGGUUAUAAUGACCAGUUAUGUCAUUCUGCUGGCUUCCGCUUUUAGCACAGAACUUUGUACUUGAAUCCAUUUAUUCUCAGGCUCAUUGGCACAUCUCCAUGAGUGCAGAAAAGUCAGAGUUGAUCCUUCUAAUAGCAAACACACAACAGUUUUCACUUUGACCAGGAAGCUGGUGUGUUGCAGGGUGUACUCACUCACACAUACUGCACAUAUUGGUAAUAUUUAGGGUUGGCAUUCGGACAGUUGGGCACUAAAUUAUUAGGGUAUCAUACUGUUAUAAAGGCAAGAAGAUUGACCUGUAAACUCCACAUAGAAGCUGUGCCAACAUCAGCAAUCCCCAGGUCACUGGGUCAUUUGGCAUUACAGACUACAGUACCAUUUGAUAAUCCACAAUAUUGUAAACAUUAAAACUAAUUUUCAUUGUAUUAAUAGUUUAUGUUUAACAAAGUAAAACAGUAUGCACCUUUUUAUUCCACAAAGUAUAAUACAUGAAAUUUUAAUUUCAGCUUAUAUUACAAAAUUCCCAAGCAAUGGCUUAAUUGAGUUACUGAUGAAAAUUACACAGGGUAAGCAGUUAAAACAAAUGUUUCUUAUUUUUGUCUUAAAAUACGGCUGGCUCCAAAUGUUCUCAUCUUUGAAGUUCUUAAAAAAAAUAAAACAUUGUACAGCAUUUCCAGUAUUCAUAAUUUGACAUUUCUAUUUAAUAAAAUGAGCUUCAUUACAA